AUGUCAGAAAAAGAGCCUUUACUAGAAAAGGCCAACUUUGGUAGCUUGAGUAACUUGAAUAAUGAAAAUGAACCAAGAUUUAAAUGUCCAGCAUUGUUAAAAUCAUUUCUGUUUAACCCCUUAUUGAAUUGUUUACCACAACUCAGCAAGCAUGGUGAGGAUGAACAAGAGGAAUUUGAGUAUAUUGAAUACUCCGAUGAUGAUAUGGUAUUGCCCGAUUUGCCCUACGUGGAGAAUCCCGUUAUACUACCUAAUUCAAGGCUAACUCAAAAGGAAAAAUUAUUUGAGUUAAGAAAGCUAAUGAGAGAAUAUGGCAUCGGGGUUUACAUCAUCCCUUCUGAAGAUGAGCACCAGUCAGAGUAUACCUCAUUGUCCGAUAAGAGAAGAGAAUUCAUAUCUGGUUUCACAGGAAGCGCCGGCGUUGCUAUUGUCACCCUCACCAAUUCUGACACUUUACAAGGCCAAGCCUUUUUAUCAACAGAUGGUCGUUAUUUUCUUCAAGCUGAAAGGCAGUUGGACUCAAAGUUGUGGAAACUAAUCAAGCAAGGAUCCAAAAAUGAAAAGCCCUGGACAGAACAAGCAAUCGAAUGCGCGGUGAAAAAUCCAUUCAGCAAAACUAUCUCUUGUGAUUCAAGAACAAUAAAUCUCGUUAUUGGACAAUUCUUCCAAAUCAAACAACAUUGUGCCGAUUUCCGGUUCCUUCCUUCAUCACAAAUCAAUCUAGUUGAUGUGGUUUGGGGGGAUGAAAAGCCAAAAAGAUCAUUGGAUCCAAUUUACCAUCUUGCUUUGAAAUACAGCGGCGAGCAUACUAAUGAUAAAUUGGAAAGAAUUAGAAAAAUUAUGAAGGAAAAAAGUGCAAUGUACUAUAUAAUCAUUGAGUUGGAUAGCAUUGCUUGGCUAUUUAAUUUGAGAUGUGACGGCGAUAUCCCUUUCUCACCUGUAUUUUUCUCAUAUGCAAUAGUAACUUUAUCCUCAGUAAAGUUGUAUGUCGAAAAAGCUAAGAUUGCAAAGGAGGACAAAGUUUUGGAAAAUUAUUUAUCAACUAUUAAAGGAUUGACAAUAGAGAGUUACAUGGAGUUUUAUAAGGACGUUUCAAGGUUGAAACCAACAACAAGAACAAUGGCGAUGCACUCUGAGUCAAACUCAAAGAAGAUGAUAAUGUUGCCAGCAAAAUCAUCCACUGUUUAUGCCUUGUAUGACAUAGUCGCAAACUCAUUUAGUCAGUCACAGAUUCUACAUGAGUCAGUAAUAGCUAAUAUGAAAAUAUUCAAAAACAAGACGGAGUCGUUUAAUGCAAAAAUAGCUCAGUACAAGGAUUCGCUCGUUUUUAUACUAUUUGGCUCAUGGCUUGAGCACCAGCUUGUUAGAAAAAAUGCAAAAAUUUCCGAGUAUGAUGCCGCAUGUAAGAUGUAUAGUCUCCGAAAAGAUAUGCCCAAUUUCAAAGGGUUGAGCUAUGAGACAAUUUCGCUGACAGGAGCAAACGCCGCUAUUAUCCAUUAUACUCCAACAAAGGAGAAUAAUCAAAUUAUUGACCCAAACAAAAUCUACCUACUCGACUCAGGUGGACACUAUUUAGAGGGAACUACGGAUAUAACUCGUACUUAUAUGUUUGGGUCUCAAAAUCUUGUAUCCCAAGAUUAUAGGAAAUACUACACUUUGGUUUUGAAAGGACAUUUGGGAAUUUCAAUGGCCAAAUUUCCCCAGCAUUCUACAAACACGGGAACUCUUCUAGAUGCAUAUUCUCGACAGCCAUUAUGGAACCACGGUUUAGAUUUCAAUCAUGGUGUAGGGCAUGGAGUGGGAAGUUUUGGUCUCGUACAUGAAGGGCCGCUUUAUAUUUCACCUACUACAGUUGGCGGUUCAAGCCAACUCGAUUUGUUCCAGCCUGGAGCCAUUGUCACGGAUGAGCCAGGCUUUUACAUUAAUAACGAAGUUGGAUUUCGGGUGGAGAGUGAACUAGAAGUGACAGAACAAGAUAGUUCUUUUGGCAAGAGUAAGGAUGGACGUAAUUUUUUGGGAUUUGAUUAUUUGACAAAAGUACCGUUUUGUAACAAGUUGAUCGAUACAAAAUAUUUGACUCCGAUUGAGGUUCAGUGGAUAAAUGAAUAUCACAGAGAUAUCCGAAAUGAAUUUGCUCAAAAACUUCUUGAUUUGAACAACAAACGAGCUUUCAACUGGUUGAUUAAAGAGACAGCGCCAAUACAUUAG